CUCUUUCUCUCUCGCUCUCUUGUCUUCCUCUGCGUCGUCAGGCCGCAACAGCCUCUCUCUCUUCUCCUAUACCACUAAUUUUCUCGUCCGCACCUAGUCAUCCGUAAUGUCUGACGCUGUUGCUGCCCCCGCGCCUGUUGAGGAGGUGAAGCCUGAGGUUCCCACCGAAGAGCCCACUCCUGCCGCCGAGCCCGCCACUGAGGCGGCGCCUGCUGCUGUGGAACCUACGGAAGAGGCCAAGGCUGAGGAGGCUGCACCUGAACCUGCUGCCACUGAAGCCGCCGCUGAGCCUGCUGCAACUGAGCCCGCGACUGAGGAGGCUAAGCCCGCUGAGCCCGCUGCCACGGAGACGAAGAAGGAAGAUCGACCCAAGAGCCCUAGUCUCUUGGCUAAGCUCCUUGGACCUUUCAAGGGAAGAGGCGAGAAGAAGACCGAGAAGAAGCCCAAAGAGAAGGCUGUGAAGAAGACUGAGAAGAAGGAGGAGGCUGCCGUUCCUGCUGAGGAGGCGCCUAAAGAGGCUCAGCCCGAAGAGGCUCCUGCUGCUGAAGCUCACGCAACCGAGGAGACCCCUGCCGAGCCCGCCGCUGAGCCUGUGAAGGAAACUGAGACCGCUCCUGCUGCCGAGGCCCCAGCUGCUGAGGCCGCUCCUGCUGAGCCCGCCGCCGAGACCACUGAGACCCCCAAGGAGAAGCAGAAGGAGGAGAAGCCGAAGUCAUCCAAGGUUAACCGCCGCUUGUCAGCGCGCGUCGGUGAAUUCUUCAAGACGAAGCCGAAAGCGGAGCACAACACGCCCGCCAAGGUUGAAGAGAACCCCCCGAAGAUCGAGGAGUCUGAGCCCAUUGCUCCCCUCGAGAACCCUGCGGCGGAGGAGGCUGCUGAGUCGACACCGGCACCUGCGGUGGAGGAGCCUAAGAUUGAGGCACCACCCGCUGCUCCCGUCGUUGCUGCUGCUGCGUAAGGGCCAUUGGUCGGUUCGCUCUAACGUUAUGACGUGUCACGAUGCCAUCUUCGCUUACGCUCGCAUCUUCAUGUGCUGGUUCGUUCCACCGCUCAUCUGGAUAGGUCCUCAUCUCUUUCAUUCAUGGUCUUAUUUUACGACGCGGAUCUAGUCUUUAGUUUGCUUCAUUCACGAUGCAUGUUUUCGUUUAUACCGUGUAGCUAGGCCCGCAUCAUAGCUAAUGUCCAUCCGGAUAGCGUGUCAUCAUACCCCACUUUCCUUCUGUUCUAGCUGCGUGCUUUCAUGGUCUUGCAACUCCUGUAGUUUGUUCUCUAUCAGGAGUGGUCAUGAUAAUGCAGCAUGCCUUCACGUUA